AUUGUGUAUAACUGUACUGCUGUGUCAGUGUGUCAGUGUAUAUAAUAAUAUAAUACAUAUUAUAUGAUGUGAGAAAAUUCGUGCAUGAAAACGGUCAGCUAAGGUUAGAUCUGAAUAGGUAUACUCUCUAAAACCUUAUUUCCCCGCGCCAUAAUAUAUAUAUUGCUUAGUAAAAAAAAGAGAUUGAUCGGGUUUUCCAUUCGUUAUUUUUUACGGAAUUUUGUUUUUCCGUAAUUAGGUUAUAGUUCAUAGUGAUAAGAGUGUUCUCACACCAACAAAAAAUCAACAAAUCAACUUAAAUUCUAAUAUCUUUGUGGUCAACACUGCGACGAUGACGGCUUUUUAUUUGGAGCAUUAUCUCGACAGUUUGGAACAUCUGCCAACAGAAUUAAGAAGAAAUUUUAACUUGAUGAGAGAUCUCGAUGCCAGAGCACAAGUGUUGAUGAGAGAAAUCGACAAGUUAUCCGAUGAGUAUCUGGUCAACAUGAAAAAUGAAACCAAGGAGAACAAGAAAAAGGAGCUUGAUAAAAUACAAACUUUGUUUAACAAAGCAAAAGAGUAUGGUGAUGACAAAGUACAGCUGGCCAUUCAGACUUAUGAACUUGUUGAUAAACAUAUCAGGAGAUUGGAUUCUGAUCUGGCAAGGUUUGAAGCAGAAAUUCAAGAUAAAGCUAUCAACAGUAACAGAGCAUUAGAAGACAGUGGAUCCAGUAAAAAGGGCCGGAAAAAGCUUAAGGAAAAAGAAAAACGUAAGAAAGGAACAGCCAGUAGUGAAGAUGAGUCCAAAGGAUCUAGAAAAAAAUUAAAGAAAGGAGGAUCCACAGCAUCAACAGCAGCUACUAGUGCAACAGGUAGUGGAUCUCAAGGAGAAUCUAACACACUCAGCCAUCCAGCUGAUGUUCUGGAUAUGCCUGUGGAUCCUAAUGAGCCCACUUACUGUAUAUGUAACCAAGUGUCGUACGGAGAAAUGAUUGGUUGUGAUAAUACUGAUUGUGGAAUAGAAUGGUUUCAUUUUGCGUGUGUUGGACUAACGACGAAACCAAAAGGAAAGUGGUACUGUCCAAAGUGUAUUCAAGAUAGGAAAAAAAAAUAGUGACUUAAACCAUCUUAUGUGAUUAUUGACAUUCUCUUCGUUAAGUAAUAUGGAAAGUGUUAAAUUAUUGGACUCAACUCAGAUAAGCAGAGAACUGACCACUCUCUCUUUUCUUAAGAUGAUCUCUACUGAGAAAACAAACAUUUUUUCAUUGUUCACUGUAUAUUAUUGUAUAGGAUAAUUAAUGUAAAAACAUCUUUUGUUACCUCUUUUUCAAGAUGUCAUCAUCAAUUACUUCUAAAUAACAAGUACAUUAUCAUUAUUACAACUAUGAUUUAAGUUUUUAAACAUUUUAUAUUUUAUCUAUUGUAUUGUAAGCUGUGAUAGUGUUUUAAUUUUAAACAACGAAUCUAUUGAUGGUUUCUUUUAAAAUAUUUCCAUCAAAGCAAAAGUUCAAACUAAAACCUAUUAUAAAUAACUAUAAUCCGGUUAUUUAACAAAUAAAAAUUUAUAAUGUAUAAAUAUUUGUAAAAUUUAUAAAUACUUAUUAGUUUCAUGUAAUCUAAUUCUUCUAAGAGACAUAAAAAUGAUGCUGUUUA